AUGUCCUCAUCUUGUAGAGAAGCGUGGUGCCUCUUAGAGGUUGAGACCCACGGAACUGACGCCGGAUCAAGACGUGGGGUUUCCCCAUCACAGAACAUGGAGCGAAAUGAAAGUAAAGAAAUGCUUUUUGCUGUGCCAGAUGUCGGUGAAUUCGCUGCAUCGCAAGCUCGUUCUAGUGGUUUGAGCAGGGGAUUCGCCCCGAGUUUUCCACUUCCCACCCCGACGACGACAUCCAAGGGCGAUGACUCGGGUGCCUAUUUAGAGCCUCCAGCAGCGGCUUCACCGCUAAUCGUUGCGCAGGAAAUCGGCAGCGCUCAGGUUUAUGCAUUGGAGUCCCUGAUAUUUGCGAGCCGGUCGUGUCUUCACCUUCAGUCAUCCUUGGAUGUUUGUUGCAACGGCUUCUAA